CCGCCGCCUGCAACUCCUCGGUGCGCACAGCAGAGGCAGCCGAGGGGGCUGAGCGGCCAGUCCUACCUGCAGCACCACCGGCGGCGGACAGCUCCGCUCCGGCUCCCGCGCCACCUCCGGCCAGGCUCCGGCUUCCCCGGGGGACAACCAGGAGGCGGCGGAGGCGGCGGCGGCGGCGGCUGCCCCAGGAGGCGGACCCGGCCCAGCUCGCCCCCCGGCGCCGCGCUUGGCUCCCGGCUGGACGCAGCGGCCCGCCGACGCAGCCGCCCCCCGGAAACUUCUCCGCGGCAACUUCCCGGCGCGAGGCCACCGCAGCAGCCAUGGAAGAGCCCCAGCUGAAAGGGAUCGUGACCCGGUUAUUCAGCCAGCAAGAGUUCUUCCUGCAGAUGCAUCCCGAUGGGACAAUUGACGGGACCAAGGAUGAAAACAGCGACUACACCCUCUUCAACCUAAUUCCGGUGGGUCUGCGCGUGGUGGCCAUCCAGGGUGUGAAGGCGGGCCUCUACGCGGCGAUGAAUGCCGAGGGCUACCUCUACAGCUCAGAUAUCUUCACACCAGAGUGCAAAUUUAAGGAGUCCGUCUUCGAAAACUACUAUGUUAUAUAUUCCUCUACGCUGUACCGGCAGCAGGAAUCGGGGAGAGCCUGGUUCUUGGGACUCAAUAAAGAAGGGCAGAUCAUGAAGGGGAACCGGGUGAAAAAGACCAAACCAUCCUCACAUUUUGUACCCAAACCCAUAGAAGUGUGCAUGUACAGAGAGCCUUCGCUGCAUGAAAUCGGAGAGAAGCAGGGACGUUCCAGGAAAAGCUCGGGGACGCCCACCAUGAACGGUGGCAAAGUUGUCAACCAGGACUCCACAUAGCUGAGAGAAGAGCUGUCCGCCCCUGCAUCCGACUUCUCCCCAGCCCGCCCGCCCGCCCGCCCACCACCUCGCCCACCCACCCAGGGAACCGUCAUGGAGACCACAAGAAACGGACCGAGGCCGGAGCGUCCAGCCGCAGCUAAGAUUCUGAACUCAACCCUUUCCUUUGUGUAGGAUGAGGAGAUCUUGCCUGUUGCGACGUUUUAGAGUACGACACACACACACAAACACAUACACAAAGCGAAGGAAGAGAAAACCCACAACAAAACCUAUUUUCCAAUCAGGACUCCAUUAACAUUUUAAAAAAACAGCGAAACUGUUUGCUCUCGUGAUCAAGGGGGGAAAUCUGUUCAUCUCUGCAUAAAUAAUAAUAAUGAUGAUGAAAAUAUUAAAUUAUAAAUUAUCUAACAGUAAUAAUAAUAAAGGAUACUAAUAAUAAAGGUGUUAUCUUUAAAAAAAUAAAGAGAGAUUUGUUUUUGGA